UUCAAUAAGGCCGAAUAUGCACGUCGCAUAUCAUUUUACGACGUUAAUCGAUUGCGAAAGCAGGAAGUGGUCAAAAUACGCCAACAUACUGCUGCCAUGUGCAGUAUUACCACAGGAGCAGCAGGCGCACUGCUAUCCGGCGGAGGUACCCUCCUGCUGAGUGCCUAUGGGGCUCGCCGACUGUCCGUAGCACAUUCAAAGCUUGAGCUUAUACAGGCAGAGCUUACAAAACGCGGCAUAGCCCUACACGAAAUACAGAAGUGAGAUAUCCUCAUCCCUGUUGGAGCAUCUAUUGUCGGAAUGGGCGUCGGUGUCGGCAUAGACGAGGCAGCCGCUGUUGCAACCAACACCAUCCCCAUGGAAGCGAGUCUACCCCCAGGGUCUUCUCUCACUGAUGCAUUGUCUACGAACGCGAGUGGCGUAAUCAGUGGGGUAGCUCACGGUGUCACAGAGCAGACUCACGAGAUGGGGCAGGCCAUACUGAAUAUAGACAAUGGUAUUCCAGCAGCCCAGGACCUUGCAAGAGAAACAAUCUGGGCUCCUGCGGCGUCUACCCAGGACGCCAUUGGAUUUCACGCUGGCAUGGUUAUAAUGCAGGCCGUUGAGAAAGGAUUCGCAAGCCUAACAUCGAACCUGUUGGCAACGUGGACUAUGGAAGCCCUGACUGGGGAUGUUUCCAGGACCAAGCCGCCGCUCCUGCCACAUGUCUUCCCAGGUACUGUUGGGGUGGAUAUGAUGAGGAAUCGAGAAUCCCGGGCCGGCAGCUGGCUGUAUAACUGGAUUGGCAACACGGUAAUGGGUAUCAUCGCAAGGCUGAUGAAACUUCUAUCCACCACUGUGGAGCAAGCUGGUGAAAGAAGUCUGUACCUGAGCACGGGUGCAGAAUACGGCGGGAGAGGAGUCCCGUUGAAAGAUGGCCAGGAACGUGCCUUGGCGUUAAACAGGACGACCAGUGGUUCACUGUUUUCCAUCGACGAAAGGUUGGAGCCCAUAUGGAACGAUAAUGUGCUUGGCGAACUGCAGGAGAAGCAGGCACUUGAAAUAGUCUGGAGAUGGACCGAGGGUAUAUUGAAGCCUUAUCAGUGA